AUGUGGCAUUUUCCUUUUGAUAAGUGCAAAAUCCCAGAAUAUGCUUUUAUUGCCGAAAAUACUGCAAAUGCUGCUCUUGCAGAUGAGAAUACACCAGAGGAAAAUAUUGGGGAAGCAACUGCUCAUGUUCCUGUCAUUAAUGACCACGACCGAGACAACCGGCAUUCUCCGAACACAGUUGAUCCAGAUCAAAACCCAUUUGAAGCCAUUUCAGCGGUUCCAUACAUACCAGGUCCGAGUGGGUACCAGAAGCGAAAACAGCAUGCAGAAGUACUAACAUCACCAGAGGUAGUAGCAGCAAAACAAGAGAAAAAAGAAUCCAAAGAAAAAAAUAUCUGCGAAACUGAUGAAAGCCCAACAACGAAUGAAAAAAAAACGGAUGACAAACAGAAAAGCAAUACUAAGGAAAAUGCGGAAAAUAACAAACAGCUUGUCAAAGGGAAAAGUCGUAGAAGUGCCCCAUUUGAUUAUAGCGAAAGCGAAACGGAAGUAUAG